CCGCCUCACUCUUCUUAGCAGAGAAUAUUGUUUGAAUGCUUUAAUUCCAGCCACGAAAUCUGGCUCGUCGGUUCUACUUAAAGUUCAGGCUCUGCCGCGCCUUCGCGGACUCGCUCUCCCUCCCCCUACAGCGGCAGAAAAUGGGCCUGUCCAGGCCGCAUGACGCAUGCGCAUCGGGCGGCGAGCGGUGGGGGCUGGCCGAGCAGGGUCAGGCGUGGAGGGCGCGGAACCUUCGCUACCCGGAGCUGCCCAGGCUCUGGCGCCCUGGCCGCCGGCUUUUGGAUGCAGAGUCUUCACCGGUGAAUACCGCUUCCGCUCUCCGGGUGUGGCCGCCAGUCGGCACAGCAUUCUGAAAUUUUUUGGUCAUUGCAAUGAUCUUGAUCGGGAGAUGAGAAAAUGCUUGAAGAAUGAGUACAUGGAAAAGAGGAACAAGAGCAGGGAGCGUGGCAAUGCAAUGCGAAAGAGACUUUUUAAUCCUCCAGAGGAAUCUGAAAAAUAGAUCGUAUUUUCAUUGGAUGCCUUGGCUGAGAGAAGACCCAAAGACUCUUGGGUGGUAGCUGAAGGAAUCCAUUGCAUUUAGUCUUCAGAAUCCUUUGAAUGGAAAGUGACCCAUGAGAAAUCGAGCCUUGGAGAAGUAUGGAAGCCCUGGAUCCGGAAUGUUGGUUGGGCAGAGCUGUUAGUACUCUCUCUCCUCUUCCAGCGCACCUGAGACUUCUAACGCGUUUGUUCCCUUUGCCUACGGCCCGUUGACAUUUGAGUAACUUAUCUCCCUCAAUAAAAUCAUUGAUUCUAAUC